AGAAAAAACACAGAAGAAAACAUCGGCCGUUCUCAGCACCUUCCUUCGAUUUGUCUUCGAAUUUACGCAAGAACAACGGAAACACAACGAUUCGCCUCCAAAUUGCAUCAUUUACUCGUUUCGAUUUGGCUAAUUUGCAUGUGAAUUGGAUUGUUUGAACUGUUUAUUGCAAUAAUCGCCGUUUGUCUGCAUUUCUCGUGUGUGUUUUCUCUUCCUCUGCACGCGUGUGUCUGUGUGUUGGUGCAUCGUGGCAUGUGUGUUGCGUGUGUGUGCAUCCGUCAAGUUGACAUCCAAUUGGUGCUCCCAGCAGCAGCAGGAGGUGGAGAGUCCGCACCCGCCCGCACAAAACCCUGCACCGUCCCCAAACCGUCGUCCACUUUGCAGUGAGGCGGAGAGUGUGUGUUUUAACCUUUCUGACAUUGAAAACUGUAUCACUGCAAAAGCGGUUCCGCUCGGAGUCGGAUGCUAGAACGGUGCGCGGAUCGGGAGAUACCGGUGCGCACAUACACACAAACGCCCCGCUGUGUUUGGCCCCACGGUACGGUGUUUACUAAACGCGUGGAACGAGGCCAAGCAUUUGCUGGAGUUCGGUAGAGCAUUCCACCGCGAGGUGAAGAAAGUAAAGAGUGCAGUUUUGAGGAAGAGGCAGACGGUGCAGAGGCUGAGUGGUCGGUGCGAGCAUUUGGUCUAAUCAUCUACUUCACUUAAUCGUUCCGGGCGUGUUUCGGUGACACAAGUGCCAGUGGUGACUCCAGCUCAACACCGUCCUCGCCAGCAGCAUCAGCGUCGUCGUCGUCGUCGUGCAACGAUCCGGUCCAUGCCGACAACAGCACCGUUGAGCCGGAACGAAUCCACGACUAUCUGAGUCGAUAUCGCUUAUCGUACGGUGUACCGGCGCGAAAAAUAAGCCUCAAAAAAAGAAUGGCCAAGGACGAGGAGGACGAUCUGCUGCCCGACAAGGAUGCGGCGAAGGGAUUCUACGCCAAGUACGAGCCCAAGGAAAUUCUCGGCAGAGGCAUCAGCUCGACGGUACGGCGAUGCAUCGAGAAGGAAACGGGCAAGGAGUUUGCGGCAAAGAUCAUCGAUCUCGGCGCGGCAGAGACGGGCGAUUCCAACCACAUGCUGGAAGCAACCCGGCAGGAAAUUCAAAUCCUGCGCCAAGUGAUGGGACACAAGUUCAUCAUCGAGCUGCAGGAUGUGUUCGAAUCGGAUGCGUUCAUUUUCCUCGUGUUCGAACUGUGCCGGCAGGGCGAGCUGUUCGAUUAUCUCACGUCGGUGGUGACACUGUCCGAGAAAAAGUCCCGCUACAUCAUGCGCCAGAUAUUCGAGGGCGUCGACUACAUCCAUUCGAAGAACAUUGUGCAUCGCGAUCUGAAACCGGAGAACAUCCUGCUCGACGAUAAUCUCAACGUGAAGAUCACCGAUUUCGGGUUCGCCCGGGUGCUGAAAGAGGGCGAAAAACUGUAUGAUCUCUGUGGAACUCCUGGAUAUUUGGCACCGGAAACAUUAAAGUGCAACAUGUUCGAGGAUGCGCCAGGAUACUCGAAGGAGGUGGACAUCUGGGCCUGCGGUGUGAUCAUGUUCACGCUACUGGUCGGCUGUCCACCGUUCUGGCAUCGGAAGCAGAUGGUAAUGCUGCGUAACAUCAUGGAAGGCAAAUACAGCUUCACCUCCCCAGAGUGGGCGGACAUUUCAGAGGAUCCCAAGGACCUGAUACGCAAAUGCCUGGUGGUUGACCCAUCGAAGCGAAUCACAGUCACGGAAGCGUUGAAGCAUCCCUUCUUCAACACAGUUCUUUUCGAGCAAGACAUUGGACCUCUGAAACGGAGCCUUUCGGUUAAAUCGAGACGCUUCAGUCGCAUUGCUGACCUCGCACUGAACCCCACGGAAAAUUUGCGUAAGCAAAGUCAGUUCAACGCUAGGAAGAAGUUUCAGUUUGCUAUACUGUGUGUACGCGCUAUGAUCCGGAUCAAGAGGCUACGGUACACGCCGGAACCGCUGCGCGUCGAGGAUGCGCUCAGAGAUCCGUACCGCGUCAAGGUGCUGCGCAAGGUCAUCGAUGGAUGUGCAUUUCGAGUGUACGGCCACUGGGUCAAGAAGGGCGAGGGUCAAAACCGGGCCGCCCUGUUCGAGAAUACGCCUCGAUGCGAGGUUUAUAAUCUUUAUAUCAACAGCCUUAAUCGAUAGGCUGUAGAGGAGGUGCGCAAGCUCGCUACUGCUGUUGCUGCUGCCGCCCGUUACGAUGCGCGGGACCAUCAAUUCGCGGCUGGAAUCAAUCGGAGAGGAAGGCGCUAGAUCAAGGAUUAGGUGGUGCACGGUGGUGUGCAACGCUCGGUGAAAAAAUGAACGCUUGCACGCAGCAAUAACCAUGGCAGCAUUAGGAGAAUGUCGUCCGUUGCAGUCGCGAUUUAGUCGCGAUCGUCUCAACACGUUAAACGCUGCUCGCAAUAAGUUCGAUAAGCAAUCCUAGAGUGUAGCGCGCAUGAUCACAGCGAUCAGCGUUUGCGUUGGCAGGAUCAAUUUCAUCAACCUUAGCUACCUACUUAAACAUUCAUCCAUCCGACACUGCAUCCACGUAAUAUGAUUCCUGUUUCAUCUCACAUGGCCCCUCCCCCCCUCCCUUUCUUCUCCCCUGGCUAGUGUGCACUACAAAUAGUUAAAGAGGAGAAACGUCUGUUUCUCGUUAGCAUAGUAAAUUUAAAAGCUAGAAUUUACCCUGCAACCUCCUACGACCUAGGUGGCUAUGGCUGCAGAACAAAACAAUGCAGCAGGACUGGACUAAUGAAGACAGCACAAGCGAUCAUUCGUCGGACAGACAUAGAAAGCAAAGCAAUGAGAACAGAAGAGUGAGGGAGGUUCACGUGAUUAUGCUGUGUAAAGGAGGUGCAGGCAACGGGAAAAGGAAGGAUCUGCUUCUGAGAAGAUGAUAUUAAGUUUUUCGCCUUUUUUUGUUUUUUUUUUUAUACAACCAUAGCUAUGUACACUACUGUUAAUAAUAAGUAAGAAGAGGUAAUAUACGUAUGAACCAAAUGACAAAAAUGAGACACUCUUGUUUGUUACACAUUGUGGCGCAUUGAGCAUUGCAAUGUACGUUACAAGGACGGUAAACGACGAACCCUAAUGAAGGGUACAGUGAAACAGAGAAGCGUUUUUCAUUUCCUAUGUUUUGUUUUAAGGUUAUAAAAAGAAAUAGUAACUAAAUAAAUCGUGCUACUUACUGUAGUAAAUUAGUUACAUUAGUUGAAAAAAA